AUGAAUCCCACCAACAUUCCCGUUCCCGGCAGCUUUGCUGCCCAGAAGGAGUUCGCCUUCCAGGCAGUGGCGGCGGGGAGGCUCGCCUCCAUCCGGGUCGCCCCGAAGCGGGUGGCCAAGCCCAAGAAGGCGGCCAAGACCCCGGCCGCCGCUCCUGGCCCCGCCGUCGCCUCCGGCCGGGUCACGAAGAAGAGGGGCGACAGGACGGCGAGGGUUGAGACCCCCGUCCUGACCGUGCCGGCAGUUCCUCAGGGGACUACCGUGCCCCCUCUUCCUUUCGUGCCCGCCGCUCCUCAGGGGAUUGAGACCCCCCUGUUUGAACAACGUCUCCCCUUCGUGCCAGCUGGCUAUCUCCCCGGUGGGAGCCAGAUUUAUGGCAUCCCAUCGGUCACUGGGACCGCCCAAUCCCAGUUUCUCUCCCCUCCUCCUCCUCCCCAGCCGCAAUCUUUCGAUUGCGGCUUGUCCGAUUUGAGCAGCCAGCCCAACGGGGCGGCUGCUCUGUUCACCCUUCCUGGCUACCAGCCACCGCAGCCCGCUAGUGGCUGCUUUAUUCCUCAAAGCCAGCCAAUUUUCCAGGCUGCCCCUCCCGUUCCUCCUAUGCCCCUGCCAGAUGUCGGCACUGACCUCAGUCUCGACGACAUCUUUGAGGCUUGUUUCUCUUCCGCUCCCUCUGAUCUUCCUGCUUCAUCGCAGGCUCUUCUCACUCCUCCCGCCGAAGAUCUCCUUGCUUUGCCUUCGCAAGGUUACUUUGACCCCUCACAAGGUCUGCUUGCUUGCUCGCAAGGUGGAUUGACUCUCCCGCAGGAUACCUUUACUCUCCCUGAGUAUGCUCUUGCCCCCCGUCAAGGUGUCUCUACUCCUCCGCUAGACCGCCUUACUCCACCCACACAAGAUCUCCCUGCUCCGUCAAAGGAGCCCUCCGCUCCCUUGGAGGCCACCCCCUCCCCCUUUGAGGACCCUGUUGCUUUGGAUCCGAUCCCCAGCUUGGAAGAUUUGUCGUGGGGUGUCAGGUGGAUCAUCAUCCGGAUCCUGAACGAUGAGGAUCGCUUCGCCAAGGUUGUCACGUUUACCUUGCGCCUAUCUCGUCAGCAGGUCCAGGAGUUUCUCGAGAUCUACUUGAGAGAGGAGUACGCGUGGCGCGUUUGGGAGGAGUAUGUCCUCACGAUUCCUCACAUGCCUUUGCUUGAGCACGCACUUGAGAAGAGGAUCACCGUCCCCGCCCUUCUACACUACAACCGUCCGGCACUUCUUACGGACAACAUUUCUCUAGAGGAUGAGGAGCGAGGAGUUUUGUUUUUGCAUGAGAGGAGGAUGCAUGGUUUGGUUGCUUUGUUUCGUUUGUUUUGCGCUGAACCCUACAAGGACUUUUUGCCUCUACGGAUUGAGUGGGAGAUUUUCCAGGAUGGUAUUGACAAGCAGAUCGUUCACCAGGCCGUGGAACUGGGAUGGGCUAAUCCCAAUCUCUUAAAUGUUCGACCUGCUGCGCCAACUACCAACGUUCCUGUGGAUGAUUCGCCACUGCGGUAUCAAGGGGGAUUUGCGCCUCGUUUCGGUGUUGUUGGACAGCGUGUGCCUUUGCACCGCAAGGAAGGGGGUUACGGUAAUGAGUUUAACGAUGCGAAUGACCUGAAUGAAGACUAUGAUUCUGAAGAGACACAAGUUGACGAUGACAAGACUCUGUCUCCCGACCAGGCCGACAAGCCCAACACAGACGCCAGAUCAGAUCUUGAACAACCCAAGGAUCAACCCUCUGCCACCUCGAACACCCUCGUUCAGCCCACCACGAACAACAGCGGCAACGUUUUUCCUGUCUCAGAGCCCCUGCCACCACUGCCCUUCCUGCCAGGGCCUUUCGGAUACCGGCCAUCCCAACAGCAAGAAAAUUUCCUACAUGUUGCGUUCGGUCGACGGCACCCCCGGGCACGCAGAUAUGUCCCCGGGUGCUUUGCCAACUCUCUUCUGGAAGAGGGACGAGACUGGGUUCCAUGCAGAGAGGCUUGUUGGCCUCAGGGGGCUUACGUUAACCUGGGACCCCGUACUCUCCAAGCAUACGCGGACGUCAUUGUCGAGUGUGCUCGCCAUGAGACUGGGACAACUGGGAGUGUGUCAGCUCAAGGCAUGCCAAACGCGAGUCACCGUUCGGUCACAAACGGCAGACAGACAGUGACGAACGGACAGGUUCAUCAGUGUGAGGCAGCUGCAGCUCAUCGCGCAAACAGCUCUCCCCACGAAGACCCUCACCAAGGCUCAGCCGAGAACCUCUUCAACGCUUUUUGGUACCGGCAGGCGUAUGACGAAUACAUGGCCGAGGGGAUGGAUGUCGAGGGGGCUGAUCAGCUCAGCGAGAACGGUUCAUUCGUCGACGAAGAAGAUACCGACUGCGAGAUGUUUGCGGCUCCGAGUGCUUCGACACUACCUGAAUACCGACUGGCCAUGCUUGGAGGCGCCUCAGACACCGCCAAUACGACCCAAGAUCUUUCCGAAAUGGCACCAUCUGCUCAACUUCGUCACUACCUCGACACCCAAUUUGCUCACUACUUGCCCAAGAAAUCCACCACUGCGAGAAAAAGUUCCACCAGCAAUAACCGCAGCCGGAAGAAGCAGUCGUCGGAGAUGCUUGCGGAAGAUUGGGAGGGAGGCUAUGAUAUCGUUCUCCCAGAGGCCGAAAAGGAUACGGCAUACUGUCCCAAGAGAGGUGAUCGGAAGAAGAGAUCCAGAAAGGCGAAUGAUGGUGGGAGACAGAGGAAGUCGGCCGUCAAAGACAUUGAGAAGAAGAGCAGGGGGACGACUGUGGCAGAGGGAAAUGGAAACGAAGGUCCAAAGGAUGGACAUUCUGCUCUUGAAGCUAACAAAGAGAGCGAGCCCAAAAUCACCGAAGCGCAACGCACUGCAAACACAGAGACACCAGCUCGGAAAGACCCCAAAAACACUACAAACAACGAACCAGCAUCUUCUAGUCGAAUCAAGAUUGUUCUCAAGUCGUCGUCACAUACCCCGACUAGUCCCGCCGAGAGCACCACAAAGAGCAACUCACCAAUUUUCGGAGUCGACCGCAACUCAAUCGUCGCAGGCACCCGAGACAGAGUCCAAAUGGCUCACUACGCCUGGAGCGCCGAAGAAGCCACCUUUGCUUCUAUUUCCACCCACGCGCGAUUCGCCCAGACAGCCGAUCGCAUCGUCAAACCACCCUCAAUGGGCAAGAUAAUCUCGGUCGACAUGUCUACCGAGUUGACCGAGCUACAGCGACUUCAGACGGCGUUCGAAAACAUAGAGGGUGCACAGAAGGCGCAGGGUGCUCAGGAUGCAGAGAGGGCAAAGUUUGCUGGGUGUGCAGACAGGGCCAUGUAUGCGGUGCAGGCUGAGACUGCUUGCUUUGCGGUUGAGGUUAGGGAUAAGGAUGGGGAUUGUGAGAUGAAGGAUGUGGAGUGA